UCCGCUUCCGCUCUGCCUCGCUGUGAUACCUGCGGCUGGCGGCCGUGUGUCUCCGCCAUAUUGUCUGUGUGAUCCCGGCGGGAGCGGCGGCCGCGGGGAGCGGGAACAGCAGUGAGACUCCUCAGGUCAUCAAUCUAUUUGUGCUGGGCCUUUAAAGUCACAGUCCAUCUAGGGCCGCCAACCGGACCGCCAUGUCGGGACCUGUGCCAAGCCGGGCCCGUGUCUACACGGAUGUGAAUACACACAGACCCCGGGAGUAUUGGGAUUAUGAGUCGCAUGUUGUAGAAUGGGGGAAUCAAGAUGACUACCAACUGGUCAGAAAACUUGGUCGGGGCAAGUACAGUGAAGUCUUUGAAGCCAUUAACAUUACCAAUAAUGAAAAAGUUGUGGUGAAAAUUCUCAAGCCUGUGAAGAAGAAGAAAAUUAAGCGUGAAAUCAAGAUUCUGGAGAACUUGCGGGGCGGACCCAACAUCAUCACACUGGCUGACAUAGUGAAAGAUCCUGUGUCUAGAACGCCGGCACUGGUUUUUGAACAUGUCAACAAUACAGAUUUUAAGCAGUUAUAUCAGACUCUAACAGAUUACGACAUUAGGUUCUACAUGUAUGAAAUAUUAAAGGCCCUGGAUUAUUGUCACAGUAUGGGUAUCAUGCACAGGGACGUGAAGCCACAUAACGUUAUGAUUGACCAUGAGCACAGAAAGCUCCGACUAAUAGAUUGGGGCCUCGCAGAGUUUUAUCACCCAGGCCAGGAAUAUAAUGUUAGAGUUGCCUCCAGAUACUUUAAGGGGCCAGAGCUGCUUGUUGAUUACCAGAUGUAUGAUUACAGUCUAGAUAUGUGGAGCUUGGGCUGUAUGCUGGCCAGCAUGAUCUUCAGAAAGGAGCCAUUUUUCCAUGGACAUGAUAAUUAUGAUCAGUUGGUGAGAAUAGCCAAGGUUCUGGGAACAGAAGAUCUGUAUGAUUACAUUGACAAAUACAAUAUUGAACUGGAUCCUCGCUUCAAUGAUAUUCUGGGCAGACAUUCCCGCAAGCGAUGGGAGCGAUUUGUACACAGUGAGAAUCAGCACUUGGUCAGUCCAGAAGCUUUGGAUUUCCUUGAUAAGCUGCUGCGAUACGACCACCAGACAAGACUGACUGCUCGUGAAGCCAUGGACCACCCUUACUUCUACCCAAUUGUGAAGGACCAGUCUCGGAUGGGCUCUUCUAACAUGCCCAGCGGAAGCACCCCAGUCAGUAGCGCCAGUAUGAUGUCAGGUCAGUCCCUGCCCAAGUCCAGUGUCCGUGACAAGUCAGGGAUUUCCACGGUGCCAACUCCUUCAGCAUUGGGUUCUCUAGCUGGAUCACCAGUCAUCUCUGCAACCAAUACCCUUGGGACGCCUGUAGCAGCCACUGCUGGAGCCCCCCAGUAGGGAUUCAUUGUCCUGGCGCCUCAUCAGGAGAGGGCAGCAGGUCCAAGAGAAGAUCCUGACCUUCAGCCCCUCGUCCUGUCUCUACGCCUACCAAACGUGGAGGGAGGGGGCUGCCGAAAGAGCAAGAGAGAGCCCCCUGGACGCGCCCUGUCUGAGCAGUUGCUUGUGGAUUUAUAGUAGUUCUGUCAUUAUAUAUAAAAAACAAAAAUAUUAUAGGCUGAAUUUUUUUUUUUUUUUUUUUACUUUUGUUAUGGCUCCUGGUCACAGGGUGCCCUCAUGUCUCUGAAAUGUUGCUCCUGGACUGGGGUCGCCCUGUUGUGCCCUCAGAUGUUUCCCAGCUAGUGUUUUUUUUUUUUUAUAAUAUUUGCACCCCCACUGACUUUGAUUUUUAUUUUUUUUAUUUGUCCCUACUGCUGUGGGAGGGUUGAGGGGCUUUUGCCAUGUGUCCAUCUCCUGGCCUUUGCUGUGGAGUAGCACUAAGAAUGAAAAUGCCUGUAAUUUGGUUGGGUGUACAAGACAAAUAUACUGGCCCUGCAUGGUGUCCUUUAAAAGAUAAUUUCCCUAAGCAAAGCAGCAACUUCACAUUUUGAUGUUGCCAUGACUUUAGGUUACCAUUCAUCUCAUCUAGUUGGCUUCAAGGUCCCUAUUAAAGAGAGAGACCCAAAAAAUUAUAACUUUUUACUAUCUAAUGCCUUUCCAGAUAGCGUUCCCUAUUAUGCAGCUGCAAAAAGAGUCUGGAAAAGAGCCAGGUGCAUCACAAAGCAGUCACUUGGUGCAUACACAGUGGUUUUUAAUUUUGUUAGUUGUACCUUGUGAUGCAUGCUGGGAAAGGAGACCUGACAUUCUGGCUCAUCCUGUACUCUUUCCAAAGAAAUUGUUUCACAGAAUAGGGAAUGUUGGCUGAAGAGAAAUGGUUUUGUGGUCAUUUAGAAAUUUGACAUUCCAUUGAGCCCUAGAGAGGGAGCAGAGCUGUCCCAUAGACGGUCAAGAACGUUCUCCCUCACACCAUUAAAACACCAUGAAUUGUCCUACUGACAUUACACCUCACUUGUUUACCUAGAAAGGACCCGACAGCCUGUUUAAACCCCCCAAUAUUCCUAAAAUAGGGCUGUCCAACUUGGCUCCUCCCUCCUGUAAUAAGUUACCUCAUGCUCUUCUUAUCCACUGAGGUGACUUGUCUCUUGGGCCACCCUCACAUUUCCACUUUUUUUUUUUUUUUUUUUUUCUGUUCCCAAGCAGCAAUGACAAUUUUUUUUUCCCCCCUCCCCCAGUGUCCAGCAAGGAGCUGUCCCAGUGACAGACAAUACUUUCUCCUUCACCUGUGACAGAUCUAAUGUUGGAACUAUUUGGUGUAAAUAAACAUGGUUUUAUUUAUCAAGGUUA